AUUAAUGUCCUGGUGUUGUAUAAUAUCUGUUAUUUGUAGAAAUACGAGAGAAAAACGUCAGUUUUAGUUACUAGCGGUGGGCGAAACAAAUAGGAACGAGAUGAAGGUCUGAGAGAGUGAGGAACGCGCGUGCCCAGGAAGACUCUGUGUAUACGCUCUGUAUAUAUAUAUAUACGCUAGUGUUACAACUGGUGGCGGGCGCGACCGAGGUGGCAUACCCACGGUGUUAGUGAGCCAGUGGUAGUGUUAGUGACAUGUGCUAGCCUUGACCAGGUGUGUAGCAGCGUGUGCCAUAAGAGGAUUACGGAGAGUAAACACAAUGAUGAUCACCAUCUGGAUGCUGUUGUCUACUGUGUUAUCGGUGGCCCUGAUGGCACAGGAUGCCUCAGGAGCGGCCCUGCAAGGCCAGCCACGGCAACACAGACACCACAGGAGACGGGAUCAACUGGCCCGCCUUCAGGAUACCGUCGACAAUCUCCUCCUCCGGCAGGAGAUCGACCACAUACUCCUCACAAACCUGCAGAGGGAGGUGGAGGAGCUCCGGGAGGGCAAGAGUGAUGAGCAUCUCAAGGCCGCUGCUUCAUCUGGCGCAGAGACGCCCUUCGCAGCCUCCGUCAGGAUGAUGGAGACGGAAGGGCGAGCCCUGGCUGCCCUGGGGGAGAGGGUGGCGGAGAUGAGGGAGACGAUGACAGAGACGCUGCAGACGGAGAAACACAGGGAUGAUAUCACUCAGCUUAAACAGGAGGUCACCUACCUCAGAUCGGAGGUACAGCGACUGAAGUCGUCUCGAGCGUCGGAGAGCGAGGCCAGCGCUGCCCACGCCCACGCCCACGAGCAGAGGGAGGCGGUGACGGUGGCCUGGGUAGCUGACAGCAUCCGCCACCUCCAGGAUUCUGUGGCUGAUCUCCAGCAGUCGUUCAAUAUCAGCCAGGCCAUGCACGACAAGCAGGAGGUUGAGUCUCGCUUGCUGGUGGUGACGAAGGACGUCAGUGCUCUCAGGGGAACACUGGCGGCGGUGACGUCGAAGGCGGAGGCGGCGGCGGCCACGUCGGAGGCGUUGCAGGAGGAACUGACCAGGACGUCAGGAGACCAGCACCGUCUGGCGGGGCGCCUGGCCUCGCUGACCACGGAGGUGUCUACUAUACGUGAGGACUUCGACGACCUUCUGAAGGCGCUGCCGGAGGGCACGGUGUCAGGCACCCCAGUCCCGACCUCCUUGCUGAGUGACCAGGUGGCGUCAGGCGUAGCAGCGUCAGGAGUAGCAGCUGCGGUAGUGCGUGCGUCUCAGGUGCGUCAAGAGGAACGCAUGGCUAGGCUGGAGAGGCGCACUGACAGCCUUGACUUCGCUCUCACCCGCACUCAGAAGAAGUUGUCGUCGUUGUCACCGGCCUCAGGGAUCGACCAGCGAGUUGCGGAAAUCACUGAAGCAGAGCGACAACUGGAGACGAGAGUGGAAGCCGCAACGACCGGUGUAGGAGAGGUUAAGUCGUCCUCUGUAAAGCUCUUAGCGGCCCUGGAGGCUCUGGAGGCCAGGAUGGAGAAGGAGGUGGCGGAAGUAAGGCAGGAGGUGGCCAAGAUGGAGUUCACAGUGGGCCAGUCCGCGGCGGAACGACAGAGUGGCCAGGAAGAUGCUCGCGUGGCCCAUGACGACACCUCCGCCUUGCGGUCCGACUUACAAGUUGUGUCGCGGCACCUUGAAGAUCUCACUCUCAAGACAGAAGCGCUGGAGGGUCGUAAGCUCGAGGACGAUGUGAUCCUGGCACAGUGCCGCUCCCAACAGCUUUCCUUCGACAUCAGACUGAACGAUGCCUUACAGCGCCUCCAACAGGUGGAGCAGCGACUGCGUCGCCACCACCCUCAAGAUGGUCAUAAGUACCAUCUGCCGAAGUGGAGUGACGCACCGGGAGACGCACGGAAGAGACGACGUCGAAGUCUGUCCCCGAGCGGCUAGUGCCCAGGACGGAAAGAGGAGAGGCACCGUGCCAAUACGUCACAUUAACAUAAAUCUUCAUAAAGUAACAUGAUCCACCGGUCACAGAUACUCCCAAAGCAACAUGAUCCGUUGGUCACAGAUAUUCUCAAAAUAGCAUGUUCAACUGGUCACAGAUACUCUCAAAAUAGCAUAUUCUACUGAUCAGAGACACUCCCGAAAUAACACGAUCUUCGGCCACAGACAGUCUCGAAGUAACAUGUUCCUCUGGUCAAAGAUACUCUCGAGGUAUCAUGAUCCACUAGUUACGGAUGUAUGCCAGUGCCUGCAGCCGCAGAACCCACUUCAGCAGCACCGGUGGCGGCUGAUACGAAGAGAGUUUAAUCUUCAUCAAGACAACGUCUCGCUCAAGGGGAGCUUUAUAGUGAUUUGAUAAAGCUCUCCUCGAGGUGUCUCCGUGGAGUAAUGCUUGGCACUGUGUCUUCGACCAGCGGCUGUGAAACCAGCCUCACUGUCCUACCUUCAGUGUAAGUCCCUACCUCCCCCUCAUAAGCACUUCACCACAUUCGAAAUAAUCAUUGACUUCCUCCACACCCCUACAUGUUUCACGUCUUGCUACCCCAACCAUCAAUCGUUUUAUACACGUUUCCUCCAUCACUCCCCCUACGAUGUUCCCUCCAUCAUGUCCCUACGAUGUUUCCUCCAUCAUGUCCCUACGAUGUUCCCUCCAUCAUGCCCGUACGAUGUUCCCUCCAUCAUGUCCCUACGAUGUUCCCUCCAGCACACCCCUGCCAUCCUCACCGUAGUGCCUGAAUGAACGAUUUGGUCAUUAGUUCCUAGUCACAGGAGAAAAAGAAUGAAAUAUAUAUAUAGAGAGAAAUAUAUAUAAUUUUAUGAGUAAUUGGAUGUAUAUAAAAAUGUACUUUGUUUUAAAGCUUGGCUGCCCAAAAUCUUUGUUUCUUAACUUAUACUCGCCUUUUGUCAACUAUCAAAUUGUUGACUUGUAGGAAAAACAAAGCCACAAGCAUUUACUGGGACAACGUUUUACUCUGGGCAGAACUUUAUCAGACUAUGAUAAAGCUUUGAACAAAUCGAAACAUUGUCGUACUAAAAAAAUUGUUCUGUAUCGUGUGUCAUUUGUUUUUAUAACUGUUGGCGAUAUGACAGCUGUUCCCAGGGUGCUCGAGUCGAUUCACUUCCACACAGUACCACCAGCGCUCUACAACGUUGCGAAACAGACGCAUUUUGGGAAGCCUCAGCUGGGUUGUAUAGUGUAGGGUUAUGUCGCUGCUGUAUGCCAAGUGUGUGUGUGUGAAAGAGAGAGUAGUGUGUGUAUUCAUCUAAUUGUGGUUGCAGGGGUCGAGUCGUAGCUCCUGGCUCCUGUGUGUGUGUGUGUGUGUAUGUGUGUGUGUGAUGUCUGUUUCUGUGUCUCAGUCUCUGUCGUCCCUUGUGUGGUGGUGGUGUGUGUGUGUGUGUGUGUGUGUGUGUGUGUGUGUGUGUGUGUGUGUGUGUGUGUGUGUGUGUGUGUGUGGUGUGAGUGUGCAUGUGCGUGUGUGUGUGUGUACUCACCUAGUUGAGGUUGCAGGGGUCGAGUCCGAGCUCCUGGCCUUUGUGUGUGUGUGUGCGCGCGCGCGCUAGUGUGUGUGUGUUGUUUGUAGAACUAACAUUAUAUUUGAUCUCGGAAUUCUGUAUUAAUAAACGAGGAAAUGAAGAUGCGCUUCAUAUGUUUAUCGUGCUGGCCAUCGCUUCAUCUUGUAACAAUAAAUGACUCGCAGUGAAGCAAAGACCAUCUGGAUAAGGUACUGAAGGUCGAAAAUCUCGAAUACUCUCGCCAAGGAUAUAUGCGCAGAGAAGCGUCUCUCUCAGUGAAUAUACGCUGAGAGUUUACCUUAAUCCAUAUGUUAAGGAUUACUGUAACCCUGGCUAGUGCACAGGUGACAUGCAACUGAUGGUCCUCGUGCAGUCGAUAAGCUUUAAACCCAAUAGAGUUGGCUUCAUGCAUAUGCGGAAGUGAAAGCGUACAGGUGUGUAUUUACUGAUGAUUUAAAGUGUAUUCCAUCUUAAGUUCGUCCCUAGAGGGGAUCACACAAGUGUAUUAAAGCGAAGAUGUCCAGCAAGGAGUACUACUGGAAACGGACAUUACGUGAGUGUCUCAAAGUGACAUACUCUCAGAAAAUGGUAUGGUUCUCUAAAAAUCACUUCCCCUUAGUGCCUCGUAAAGUGUAUUCCUGGCAUAGCUGUGCCAUUGUCUCCAGUGUGGCACUUGUCCAGGGUGAGCCCUGGACAUGGUAUAAGAAGAUAAAAUCAGCAGUGUCCUAGUCUUGCCUGAUGUGUCCUGGGUUCACCUCAGGGCGGACCUGGGCUCCCUGGCGGGUGUAGGACACCCGCUUCUGCCGCAGGCAACGCCGCAGUGUAAGAUAUGCAAAAGGCUAAGCCGUUUUGCGCCGUGUACAUAGUGUACAUAUGUAUGUUCUCUGUACAUAAUAUUUUUAUAUGUUGAAUAAAAAUUGAUCCAG